AUGGCUUCAGGAUGUGGGAGAAAACAAGCUUCAGAAUGGAAUGAGUUUACUGAAUUUGGCACAAAAGUGAAGUGCAAACAUUGCGAAACUGUUGUUAGCAAAAGAGCUGUAAGAAUAAAAGAACAUUUAAAAAAGUGCAAAAGGAAUAUUGCCUCUAGGACUAUUGAAGAAACUGAUAUUGCAGAGAUUGAGCCUCCUACUAAAGUGCCCAGAGUUGAAGAGUGCAAUAAUGACUGUGCAGAAGUUCCUUCUUCAAGCAAAGAACAAAAGCAGAAAUCCAUAUUUUCUUACGGUGUAGUUACAACAGCAUCUCAGAAACAAAAUUUGGAUAAAUCUGUUGCUAGAUUUUUUUAUGCAAACAACAUAGCUUUCAAUGUUUCAAGCAAUGUAGAAUUUAAAAAAAUGGUUGAAGAUUUAAGACCUGGUUACGUUCCUCCUAACAGGCAUCAACUUUCGGGGAAAUUACUUGAUGAAGCUUGCGAUGAUAUUGAAAACUGCUUAAAGAAAGAACUUGUCGAUGAAGCAGCUCUAACUUUAAUCCUUGAUGGAUGGUCAAGUGUAAAUAUUUCGUUUUUCCUACUUUCUUGGAUACUACUUACAAGUGAAGUAAAAAGCCAAAGAUUUCCGACGACGGUAGCUGCUUACCUGUCCAGAAGUCAAUGUGACUGCAUGGAAUAUUGGCAAUGUGUUGGUUCUGGAGGAAAGCCAUAUUCCUACUGUUCAUAUAGCAGCAAAGUGUGCUGUUUCGUAGAUGCAAAUUCUGUGUCUGUGGGAAUCUUGCCAGCAUCAAAGAAAUCCGGUAACUGUGGCACCAAGGGCCCCAACAACGACCGAGACGGAGUAACGGAACCUGGAGAGUGGUCGUGGCAUGCUGCGGUGUUGGAAAAGCCUCAAGACCUGUACGUCUGUGGUGCCUCUCUCUUGGAUGAAUUCUGGGUGUUGACGGCUGCUCAUUGCGUAGAUGAAUAUCGAUUUCCAUCAUCUCUGAAAGUUCGACUAGGUGAAUAUGACGUCUCAACCACCAACGAACCUCUGAAAUAUGAGGAAUUCGAUGUCUCCAGAAUCAUCGUAUAUCCAACAUUCAACAACAGGACGUUACUUCACGAUAUAGCCUUGCUUCGAUUGGCAAAGCCAGCUAAAAGACGAUCUAAUAUCAACAUUGUAUGUAUGCCAUCAGAAGGUACAACAAAUAAUGAAUUCAUCUUAUCCUCACGAUGUUUCAUUACUGGUUGGGGCAAGAGAUCUGAAAGUGGUGAACAUUCCGUCGUCUUAAAAGAAGUAAAUGUGCCAUUGUGGAGGAAUGACGACUGUGAAAGAGCUUUAAAAUUUCAUUUUGGACCAAAUUACAAAAUUCCCGCUACCACACUCUGCGCUGGCGCUGAGGGCAGGGAUGCAUGUGAUGGAGAUGGUGGAGGUCCAUUGGUGUGUGAAAAGAAUGGUCACUGGUACCAAGUUGGCAUCGUAUCUUUUGGAAUAGGAUGCGGCCAACCCAAUACACCUGGCAUCUACACCAGAGUGGAAAGUUAUAACAAAUGGAUCCAUAGAGUCGUCGCCAGUGCAUAAAAGAAUGCAUUUAAUUCAUCGGACAUCAUCAUGCAUGGAUUUUUCUUUUUAUUUUUCAUAUUUUGAUUAGUAAUUACACACUUGAAAGAGGAUUUCACAAGCAUUUUCAUCAUCGAAAAACUCCGCCUUGAAUAUGAAAUUUUUUAAAAAGUUAAUUUUUUAAGAGGUCUCCUUUAUCCAGAGAAAUGCAGUCGCAUAACAUGUAACACAUACGAGUGUAUUAAUGUAGCAUCACUAAUAUGGAGCGCAAUAGUUUGCUUCCUUGACAUAUCUGUAGUUCAGAGCAAGAUUAAAAGGGUUCAAAAAGAGUGAUUUUCGGGUUGUUACUGCAUUACAUGCAGAUUCCUAUUUUGCAUUGAGCCAUUACAACGUAAUUCGAUACAAAAUUCGAUACAGCGCGAGUACCAACCUUUGUAUGCACCAGACAAACGUUUUUACGCUCUCAUAUAAAGCAGUGAUAAAGUGACGUUACUCUGUCUUAGAGGUACAUAUCGCUCAUUUGGAAAAAGAGUGUCACAAUACGAAGAAAUAAAAUUUUACAGGAGAAGUGUUUGAAGUUGAACUCAUGAGGCAAUUUGCAUUAAGAAAAUUAAGUUUGCUGUGCUGUCCAGUGGUUAAUAUUCGAACAAAAAAUCUGUCAUCAUUUUCCAAAGAAGAUAACGUCCUUUGAAGGUCUUUAAAGGGGAAAAAAAGAAAAAGAAAAUUAAAAAUUUCGUAUUGCGGCACUCUUCCUCCAAACGAGCGAUAUAUUUUGUUAGAGAUAGGAAGGUUUCGCUCUAAGAGCUUAGAGCAAACACUUUCUUUACAUUGAUUUCUAACUUCAUCCUAGUGUCCAGUUUCAAACUUUUGUGCACCAAUGUUCUCGAAAAUUUUGUGGUAGGUGUAUAAUUUAGGUGUAGGAAGCAUAAUUUUAUUUCUAAAAGAGAUAAAAAUCAGUUUCUCAUUGGAAAGUCCUGCAUCUUUUCAGUAUAAAAAGAAAAAAGUAAUAAUUAUAAUAAAAUCAUUUGAAUUUCAAUGACUUGGAUUCAAAUUAUGUUUUUCCCAAUCACGCAUUGCAGUAGGACCCUACUUGUAGGGUUUCUUGUUUCUACAGAUGGAAUUGAAUUUAAAUGGCCAAGAAAUUCUCAGCCGUCAUAUUAUGGCUCGUGAUUUACCAGAAUAGGUAGUACGAGGCACAUCCAUGAAAAAGAAAUGGUGAUUAGGUGGCAGUAAUAAAUAUAAAAAUCUUAUGACCAAUAUCCAUCAGUACACUCAUCAUAAAGGUACUUUACAGCGGAAAACGUUAUGUAUUUUCAUUUUUGAUCAAUCGUAAAUGACGGGAAUUAGCAAGCUAGAAGUUUUGUAUUUAGAUAUAAGUAUUGCUGUUUCAGUUCAUCUAUAUAAGUUUUUUCCUGAAAAAAUGGAAUUUUUCACACAAAAAAAAAAAAAAAAAAUCUCGUGUUUUAAUGUAAAGUCAGCUUGAAUUAAGCCCUGAAAAAAAUAUGAAAAAAAUCCAACAGCAGAUGAUUUGUAAGUACGACAGCGAAAAUUUAGCUCUCUAUGAAAAUUAUAAAUAGCAUCGUCGCCAUGGUAAUCUGGCAAAUCAGAGCAACAUCAAAUUUGGUCAAUUGAGGAUAAUAAGCAAUAUGAUUGCACAAUAAAUGUUGCAUUUUCACAUAAAUAAGUUUGCAUGUCUAGGUGAAAUCCAGCAUUUUUAUUUUGAAGACUAAUAUUAAAAAAAAGAAAUUAUUUCAAGUUACCAAUCUUAAAUCUAGGGUCUGGUGGGAGAAAGUGGUCAAUGGGGUAAAGUGGUCAUUCGUCAAAUAAAUUACUAUAGCUUAU